AUGAGCAGCCUGUCGGUCGGGCGGAAGCUCAGCCUGUCCCCGCACAUCCUAGAGCUCCUGGCGCUUCCCUGCUGCCUGGAGGAGCUGGAGGCCGACUGCCGGCCUUCCAUUUCAGAUGACUUAAAAGUAGGCUAUUUUAUCACAGAUCAUGCCACUCAAACAGAUAUCAAAGAAAUAGUAGAACUAAAGGAGCUUACUACUACUACACAAGCCCUAGUCCAGUUCACUGACUCCAUCCAGGAAGAUUUUAUGAUCUAUAAAAAUAUCCUUCAAGCACAAUAUGAGGAAAAAAUACAAGAGCAGGCUUCGAGUCUCUGUAGACAGAUAAAUGACAGACUGAGAGACAUAGAAGCUUUUCAUAAACAGAAAGAAGUCAAAAUUCGACAAAGCUACCAACAGCAGCUAUGUGAUGCACUUGCUGUUCUCAGGGUAGAUUAUGAGAAAAAUUAUCGCAUACAGGAAGAUACAGAUUCCUCAUUAGCAGCGAGUUGGCAGGUUUUGAUUAAGACGCUCCAGGAGAAAGAGUCUAAAAUUCAAAAAUUAGAAGCAGAAUUACAAGAAUAUCAGGAAAAUGAAGAUACAAAAAUGAUUGUUUUUGACAACGAUGAUGACAAUGAAAAAAAUAUGCUCGAAAAAGAAAAUGAGGAUUUCAGAGAAGAGGUUUCUAGACUACUUGAUAGGAUUUCACAUCUUGAAGAGACUCUGAAACGCAGUGAAAAAGAAAAUAAUAAAUUAGAUAAGGAGGUUCGAGGUAUGCAAUUAAAAAUGGAAAAAGAUGAGAAAACUGUUCAAAAGUUAAUUGAAGCUCAAGAAAAAAUAAAGAUGGAACUUGAAAAGGAGAGGUCAUUAAAUCAAAGUAUGCUCAAAGAACAAAAAGACAUUGAAACAAAAGUGGAAAAGAAGUUAUCUGACCUAAAGGAAAAAAUUCCAGCAUUGAAAGAAAAAGUUACAAAAAAAAAGGAGACAGUGAAAAGUGGAAGUGAAAUUACAGUGCCUCAUGAGAGCAGAGAAUCACAAAAGGGAUAUCACAAGCAGCAACAGAAGAAGAGUCCUAGUUACAAGGAAGCAGAAAGAAGAGCAUUACUUGCUGAAAUUGAGAAGCUGAAGAUAUCUGAAGGUCAAGAGAAGCAACACAUACAAAGGUAUUGGUCAGAAUUUUUAAGACAUUAAUUUAAUUCUAUAAAUAUUUUAACAUUUUGUGGGUUUUUUUAUUUCAGUCUUAAAAACGAAGUGGAACAAAUUAACCGAAGCUGGGCAAAGAAAUUCCAAAUUCUAAAGAAAAGCCUGCAUGCCAUUAAGGAUGAGAUGUUUCUUAGACAUACUUUGUACCGUCAGGCAGCAGCAUUUAACCAUGCAUCCCUCAAUCAACCCUUUGCUGUUCCUCUCUAUAUUGAAACUGGUGCAAGCCAAAUAAAUGAACGAAGGGGUGGUUUAUAUUUCCCUUUUUCACCAUUGCCCCAGAUACGUUCCGAGUCUACUGCAGCGAUGGAAGAAACAGAUCUUAAUAUUGUAAAAAUUCCAACUGGAACAGAAAUGUGCUGUUUGUAUGAAGAUGUAUCAGGUGUAACAAUCAGAUGGCAACAGGAGGAACCACAAAUUACAUAUACUGAUUGGAAUGGGUAUGCUUUGAAUUUGGCAUGA